GGGUGUGGAAGAUUGCAGACAGAUCCCUUGGUAACCCUAGUUCGCUCCUUGCUCGUGCUCUUGCAAGCAGACAUUUUUACUGUGUGGAUUUCCUACAUUUCCACCUCCUCGAACUACAUAUACAAAAUGUCCACCCACGAGACCGCAGCGGACGUCGAGAACGAAGCACUCGACAAGAAAAAUGUGCGUGUAGUCUCAACGACAAACGAGUCCGUGGGCAUUGGACUCAAGGACUCCUUUCCGGAAACUGCACGUGUAAUUGACCAUGAAGCUGAGCGAGCUCUGUGUCGCAAAUUUGAUUUUCGAUUGUUGCCGAUUUUGGCUUUUAUGUAUCUCUGCAAUGCCCUUGAUAAAGGGAAUCUGGGUAAUGCAAAGACAGAUGGUAUGGAUAAAGAUCUGGGCAUGACUGGAAGCCAGUACAAUCUCUUACUAUCCAUCUUCUUCGUCCCCUUUGUCGUAUUCGCUCCACCAAUCGCCAUGCUCGCCAAACGCUUCAGUCCAGCCAAAGUCAUCUCGGUAAUGAUGUUCAGUUUCGGCUCGUUCACUCUACUCUCUGCUUCCGUAUCCAGUUAUUCCGGUUUGUUCGCCCUUCGAUGGUUCCUGGGUAUGUCCGAAGCCGCGUUUUUCCCUUUGGUGAUUUAUUAUCAAACCACUUUCUACCGUCGAGGAGAACUUGCGCGACGCCUGGCGAUCUUUUAUGCCGCCUCAAACAUUGCGAAUGCCUUUUCCGGUUUGCUUGCCUUUGGCGUCUUUCAAAUCAAGGAUCCGGCUCUGCAAGGAUGGAAAUAUCUGUUUCUGAUUGAAGGCGCAUUCACCGUUUGCUUCUCCGCAUUUGCGUUUUUCUAUCUCCCGGCAAGCCCCCAGCAGGCACGGUUUUUGAACGAGGAGGAGAAACAACUCGCCUUUUAUCGGAUUCAGGUCGACUCUUCGGCUGUGGUCAAUGAAGAAUUUAACCUCCGUCGCGCGCUCCGUAUCCUCCAGAGGCCGACCAGCUAUGCAUUCCUAGCUAUUGAAAUCUGCCUCGGUGUCCCCUUGCAAGGUGUCGCACUGUUUCUACCGCAAAUCGUCGCUCGCCUUGGCUAUUCCACCGUCAAGACAAACCUGUACACCGUCGCGCCCAACGUGACCGGUGCCGUGAUGUUGCUCGUACUCGCAUUCUCAUCUGAUGCCACCCGUCUCCGAUCGCCGUUCAUCGUGUUAGGGUUCAUUUUCACUCUAGUCGGAUUUGUCAUCUACGCUGCCAUCAACGACGUCGUGGCUCAGAUCCAUCUUGCCUACUAUGCAUGCUUCAUGAUGACAUGGGGCACUUCAGCGCCUUCCGUGCUAUUGAGUACAUGGUACAACAACAACAUCGCUGAUGAAGGACAACGUGUCUUGUUGACCAGUAUCGGUGUCCCGCUUGCGAACCUCAUGGGUCUUGUAUCGAGUAAUGUGUUUCGAUCCCAGGAUGCGCCUAAAUAUAUGCCUGCACUGGUCACGGUGGCUUCUUUUGGGGGUGCCGGUGCCCUGAUUACUGCUUGUUUGGGGGUUUAUAUGUGGUUUGAUAAUGUGCGUCGUAAUCGCAGGGCUGGGAGGAAGAUUGAUGCUCGUGAUGUGCCGACGGAGCGUUUAUGGGAUGGGCCUAAGACGGAGGAAUUUAGGUGGUUCCUGUAAACUGUUUGCUACUUGCAUGUUUGAUGCUUUCUCGGGUAUUUCUACCUGUAUAUGACUAGAGUAUGGACUAUGCACAAGGCAUAGCUAAACGAAUCACUCUUGCCAAUCAAGCAGUUUGGUCAACUUUGAUAAUAACCUUUCCAAAAUGAGACCCAGCAUCGACAUAUUUGAACGCCUCCUUUGCAUCCUUCCAUUCAAACACCUUAUCAACCACAAAGGUAAUCUUAUUCUUCUCAGCAAACGCCAACAACUCCUCCAACUGAUCUCUGGGCCCAUUCAAGAUCCCCUUCAAAGUAACAUUCUUCCGAAGCGCAAGGACAUUGAUAUUCAAUAAAUCCUGCACUUGAUCAUCCUGCUUACCGCUCAGAUACCCGAUAGAAGCAAUCAAGCCACCCCAUGCAAUACAAUCAAA